AUGUUCAAAUUUGUUGCCUUCUUCGCUUGCAUCUCAGUGGCAUUGGCCGCCCCUGGUUUGUUGGCCGAACAUCAUACCGUUGUCCAAGAACCAGUAUUGGCCAAGGUUGGCGCUGUCGUGCACAGUGUUCCCUCGGCCACAUCGCAUCAAAGUUUCACUCGUGUCCACAAUAAGGCUGUUGUAGCUCCCGUUGUUACACCAGUGGUCAAGACCACCGUCCAUGCCGCCCCAGUUGUUUCAGUGGUGAAAACUGUUGAACCUGUUGUCCCUGUAGUAAAAACAGUUGCUGCUGCUCCCAUUGUCAAGACUGUCGUCCCUGCCGUUCCCGUUGUGAAGACUGUUGUUCCCGUUGUUGGCCAUGCUGUCUCUCAUCAAUCGCAUGUCCAAAUCCAUUCAAAUGCUGCUGUUGUCGCUCCCGUUGUUCACUCUGUCCCUGUUGUCCACACUGCCCCCGUUACCCAUGUUGUCCAUCAUUAA